GAGAGAGAGAGAGAGUAUUAUUGCUUCUUCAUGCAAGUCAUGCCUAUAAAUCCCAGAACGAACAAGAAAAAAAUUCCCCUCUUUUCUUUCGUUUUCCAUCAUUUUCCAAACUGGUUCUCUAUCAUCUUCUUGUUGAUUCAAGAAAGAUUAAGAGACCCAUUAAAGAUUCAUCCAAGAAAAGGAAAAUGGUGGAAGCAAAAUUGCACUACAACUAUGAUCUAUUGAUAAUGUUUGUUGUGUUGAUGAGCAUGGUCUCAAAUGGGUCGUCAAGUGUGGGAGUGAAUUGGGGGACUAUGGCAACCCAUCAGCUACCACCAGACAAGGUGGUGAAAAUGUUGAAAGAGAAUGGGUUUGGUAAGGUGAAGCUUUUCGAGGCAGAUGAGAAAAUUUUGGGAGCUCUGAUUGGGUCUGAUAUUGAAGUCAUGUUGGCAAUACCCAAUUUCAUGUUGCAGAAGAUGAGUGAGGACCCUGGCGCUGCAGCUUCUUGGGUGGAUGUCAAUGUCACUAGCUAUUCCUACAAUGGUGGAGUCAAUAUCAAGUAUGUUGCUGUAGGCAAUGAGCCCUUUCUUCGAAGCUACAAUCAGUCCUUUCUGCAUUUGACAUUGCCAGCCCUCAAAAACAUCCAGGAAGCCCUCAACCGGGCUGGGCUUGGGUCACAGAUUAAAGCAACAGUUCCCUUCAAUGCUGACAUCUACAACUCCCCAGACUCGAACCCUGUUCCAUCUGCCGGUGAUUUCAGGCCAGAAAUCAGAGACCUCACAAUUGAAAUAAUCCAAUACCUCCAUUCCAAUGAUGCACCUUUCACUGUCAACAUUUACCCUUUCCUCAGCCUCUAUGGGAACGAUUACUUCCCCGUGGACUUUGCCUUUUUUGACGGAUCAAACAAGCCGGUCAAGGAUGGUAACAAUUUAUACACAAAUGUGUUCGAUGCAAAUUUUGACACUCUUGUUUGGUCUUUGAGCAAAGCUGGAUACCCUGACAUGAAGAUCAUAAUUGGGGAAGUUGGGUGGCCGACUGAUGGUGAUAAGACCGCCACUGUGGACAAUGCUAAGAGAUUUAACCAAGGAUUGCUUCCCCACGUUUUGAGCGGAAAUGGAACUCCUAUUCGGAAAGGUGUGAUUGAUGUUUACUUAUUUAGUCUCAUUGAUGAAAACACCAAAAGCAUCGCCCCGGGGUGCUUUGAGAGGCACUGGGGGAUAUUUGAGUUUGAUGGGAAGCCAAAGUAUGAAUUGGACUUAUCAGGAAUGCAAAAGGAUAAGGGGUUAGUUGCAGUGGAAGGUGUACAAUAUAUGCUGAAAAGGUGGUGUGUUUUGAACCCUCAUGCACAUAAUUUAGAAGACUUGGCCAAAAAUAUCGAUUAUGCUUGUAGCCUUUCUGAUUGCACUGCUUUAGGAUAUGGUUCUUCUUGCAACCAUUUGAGUGUCAAAGGAAAUGCUUCUUAUGCUUUUAACAUGUAUUAUCAAGUUAAAAGCCAGCAGACUUGGGACUGUGAUUUCGAUGGUUUGGCUAUGUUGACGGAUAAAGAUCCCUCUGAUGAUCAGUGCCAGUUCCCGGUGAUGAUUGCUUAUGGUUCUUCAAUUGUGCUGCCCGGGAAAAUUCUGAGCAUUAUACUUGCCAUUCUUGAGGGAUGUAUAGUUUUUUUGCUUCUUGUGUCUUAGAAUUGCUUCAAGAAACCAAGGAGCUAGCUAGUCUCACUUACAGUCACUAUUUGAAUUGUUUUUGUGUAGAAUCUGUAGAUUACUAUUGAAUUUCAGCAAGUAGAUUGUAUCAUAAAUUAGAAAACUGUUUCCCAAAUCUUUGGUUGCAAUGUGGAAUAGGCUAUGACAUCUCACAUUUUCUCUGAUAUUUUUAUCAUUUUUGCAUCCA